AUGGAUAGGAAGGUUUCAUUUCAAGGUUCAUCCAAGUUCAAUGUUGUUUUUCGCCAGGCCUUGCGGAGAAAUGAGGCCCUGGUGGCCAACUUUUGGGAACUUCGCCGCAGGGCAGACAUUUACUACGCCUGGAGCCCUAGCAAAAAUGGAAGAGAUCACCUGUCUUGGAUCACAGUUUUCCAACCUGAGGCCUACUCCUACAUCCAUUCUUACAUUCAGGAGCCAUUUACAACGCUCCUACCAGAGCAUGUCUUCAAUUGUGCUCUGUGGAACGUCUUGGCCUCCAGCGGCUUCUCAGCACAGCCCGUGGCCAAUCUCCUGGCGCAGGUGCAGGGCGGGCCAGAGGCGGAAGCAGCCUAUCUGGAGAAGUCGGAGUCCUGGGGUGAUGGGUCCCGUGCCGAGUCCAGUGCACAGGCCAAAGGACAUCUCCUAAAAGAGGUGCCCCUGGGCAUUUCCAGAGUUUACAUCUUGUACGCCCUGGCCAAGCAAUCCCAGAGCUUGGGAGCCUUCAAAUUGGCGAGAAUGGCCUAUGACAAAUUGCAGGUGCUGAGAGUACCACCGACCUGGCAGCAUCAGAUCGAUUUGGCGUGCUUGUCGAUCCGAUCCAAAGCCUAUAGCGACCAGGAUGACUUACUUCCGGUCUGCAAUUGGUGCAUGACCACCAACCCCCUUCUGCGCUCCAACUUGGAUUCCUGCAUCAAUUGCGGGCAUCCUUUCCUUCGGACCUUCCUGGGUUUUGACAUCUUGCCGCUGGUGGAAUUUCAACCAGAAUCCGAUAUCUCGUUAGAGGAGGCACAGAAGCUCAUUGCCCAAGAGCCCAACCGAACGCAGAGCAGUGGCUGGGGGGCACAGCAACGAACAGCUGCCGAUGAGCACAUGUGGGCAAUGCCCAAUGCCCAUGUCAUCCUUGGGGAUGGUUGGCACGAAACCACCCGUGCUGGUGCGGAAGUGAUGUCCCUCAAUGAGGCGUUGGUGGCAUCCGCUGGGGAGGGACCUAGUGGUGACAAUGGUGGUACGGACCUCUUUGUUCAGAAGAUGUUGGAUGCCGCCAGCUACUUCGUUCCUGGGGAACCGUACCAGCCUGUGAAGAUCGACCGAGAAACCUUGGCGGAUUUGAGGCCACAGGAAGUCUAUACCGCAGACUUCCGACGCUUCUCGCCACUGCUGCCGGUGAGAUUCUUCCGGUCCAUGAUCCCCGAGGUGGCGAUCGCAGUGUGUGGUGCCUGCGGAAACUUCUUCCACCAGGAGACCUGGGAAUUGGAAUUCCUGCAGAACAGAUGUUGCCCUUACUGUGGCUCCAAGGACCCAGCUGAGAGUGCGGUCUCCGCGGUGUCUAAGACUAAGACUCCUAUAAUCGUUGGAUUUCUAGAGACUGCCGAAAUUGAGGGAGGGAAAAAACGACGAAACCUGAUCACCUGCACAAAGGCACGGAUUUCAAGGGGACCGUUUGCCAGAGAGAUGUAA